AUGUCAUAUAGACGAGAUGCGUGGCGGUACGGGCGAGUUCCGUUGACGUUGACGUUCCAGAUGGAAGUCGCCAAGAGAAUCUGCAGUCCUAUCGACUGUGAUUCUAGAGCGCGAAUUUCGAUUAUGGCCCAAUAUCUAGCCGAGCCGAAAUUACUGUUUAGGAUUCCUGGAGCAUGUUUUGUUCCGAAACCGGAUAUCGACGUUGGCGUUGUACGUUUUAUACCGCGCAUACAACCGUUGAUAAGUGCUCCAUUCGAGGUUGUCGAAAAGUUGUGCCGACAAGUCUUUCAUUAUCGACAAAAAUACAUGAUCAAAGGAUUGAAAACGCUAUAUCCAAAAGAGGUUAGCUGGGAUUUUUGCCACUGA